AUGCUCCCAGCACUGGUUAGAAAAUGCAGCACAGCAAGCAGAGAAAAAUCUUACCGAAGGACAAAAGAAAAAAAGAACAAGCACAAAUUAAAAUCUAAAUCACACAAAAAACCUGCUCUAAUUACUUCAAAUAAACAUUUAGUUCAAUAUUCAGAUGUUAGUUCUGAAGAACUUAGUAGUCCAGAGGCAGGUGAAAUACAUAGUGAUUUUGAUGAUAAACAUGGGGCCAUACGUUUAAAACCUCCUACCAGAAUAAUAACUAAUAAUUUUCGAAUUACUAGAGUCACGUCACCUAGAAAUCUAGUUGCAGCCUGUUCCCCUAUAAGUAAUCAUUGGGAACUAGAUCCAGUACUAGAGAAAUCUUCAAUGUCUACCACUUUCAAUAUAAAUAAUUGCGUAGACAUGACAUCAGAAGUAUCACGUUUAAAGUACAAGAAAGCUAAAAAAUCUAAUAAAAAACCUAAAAGCCCUAAUACAAAAAAGAAAAAAAAGAAGAAGGAUUUGAAACAUAAAUCUGAUGAAUUACCAGACUGUGAUAAUAGUUUUGUGAAGUUUUCUAAAUGUUCUAAUUCGGAACCUUUCAAACGAAAUGGUGAUUCUAUUGAACCUGUUAAAAAGCAUACACCUAUUGAGGUGUCACAUACUCCACCAUUAAUAACACCACCUCAUAUCAAAGUUUCCAAAGUUGAGGUAACACAUAAAGAGGAAGAAAAACACACCAAACAUCAUAGAAAAGAAAAUAAAAGUUGGAUGAAGAGCCCACCGUUAUUAAACAUGGCAAUAAGAAAAGAAUAUAGCCGUACUCCUGAACCUGCAGAUGGUAAAUAUAAUUAUCAACCACGAAGUGUUUCAAAACAAAAUAAUCGGGACCAUAAAAGACGUAUGGAUGAGUUUGAAAGAUACGACACUGACGAACUCAAGUCUAGUAGGACUCGGGACAAACACGAGAGCAAACACGAUAGCAAACAUGAGAGCAAACACGAGAGUAAACAUGAAAGGAGUAGAUUACGGAAAACUAAAUCUGAUAAAGAUAGAUCACCAGUACAUAGCCACAGAUUAUCACGAAGUCCAAUUCGAGAUCGUCGACACCACGAACACGUGAAAAGUUCUAGAGCGGGAUAUUCACAAUCCCAUUCUCAUUCCCGUUCCCAUUCUCGUUCUCGUUCACAUUCCCCCCAUCAACCAAGACAUGAUCAUCAUCAUGCACACCACUCGCCAAAACGUGGUCAAAAAUCUCCACCGCGUACUACUACUUCAAAAUCAUCAAAGCAUACGUCUCAUAUACCGCGAACAGCCUCACCUCACAAUUCUCGUUCUUCUCGAAAAUCAAGUCAUAAUCAACCAAAAUAUUCACGUUCUCCAUCUAAAAACAUCCGCACUCAGAGUAAAUCGUCUUCUCCAGUAAAGGAUUCUAAAACUACUAAAAAGCAUUCUGAUAGUGAUUCACCUGGAUGUUAUUCUUCAGUUUCUAAGAAAAAAAAAUCUACAAAAAGUCCAGCAAAACAAUAUAAUUCUAAAGUAAAACUUAGUGAAACAAGUCUUUUUGCUGAGUUGGUAAAAGAUCGGCAAAUGCGGGAAUUAGCCAUGAAGUGUUUAACACAAAUAAGUACUAAGACUGUUGAUGAAAAUGAUGUAGUUGAAAUACAGGAUGAUUCAGAAAAUGAACAAAAUAGUUCUAAGACAAAUGAUAUAAAUACAAAAUUAAACAAAACUAAUGCGAACGAUGAUGUGGAUUCUUGUGUAAUAGUAGAAAUGUCAGAAAAUAUCAGUCAAACUUCUAAACCUGAUGUUGAAACAUCUGAUGUAAAAUCAGUUACUUCACCAAUAACAGAAAUGACGACAAACAUUCCAGUGAUUCCUCUAAUAAGUCAAAGUCCAUCUAUUGCUAAAGUAGAGGAGAUCAUAGAAAAUGGAGUUGAACAUUCUGUAGAACUUAAAGAGCCUAAAGUAACAUUAACACCCAAAAUAACUCCACCUGAGAAAAAAGUAGAAGUAAUAGAAAAUAAAGAUUUGUCAAAAAUGCCAUUGCCGCCUGUUUUUUCAAUACUCAAUGAAACGUCCCCAGAUUCAGAUUUUAAGAGUUCAAAAAAAAGCUUUAAAGAUUUACCUCUACCACCAGGACUUGUUCAAAAUGCAGAUAAGAUAGAUGAUGAUAAAAAUCUUUCUUUGUCAGAAAUCGUAUCAAAUCCUUUACCCGAUCAUCAACAAAGUGCAAUUAAAAGAUCAAUUAUGUUGGGCUUAGGAUCGGUGUUUCCACAAAGCUUUUCAUUAACUUCAAACAUGGAACUGCCCUCUCGUCCAUUAGAUCCAAAUGUUAAGAUUAAACGACCUAAAGUACUUUAUCGUAGACGGAAUAUAAAAUCUGCUGCAGCCAAUAACCCUAUUGAUUGGGGAGAGCAGUGUGUUGAUAUGUUUGAAGUAAUAAAUCAAAUAGGUGAAGGUACCUAUGGUCAAGUUUACAAAGCAAAAGAUAAAACUUCAGGUACAUUUGUAGCAUUGAAAAAAGUUCGUCUUGAAAAUGAGAAGGAAGGAUUCCCAAUUACCGCUGUUCGGGAAAUAAAAAUUUUAAGGCAAUUAAACCAUAAAAAUAUUGUUAACCUUAGAGAAAUUGUAACUGAUAAACAAGAUGCCCUUGAUUUUAAAAAAGAUAGAGGAUCGUUCUAUUUAGUAUUUGAAUACAUGGAUCAUGAUCUUAUGGGAUUAUUAGAGUCUGGAAUGGUCGACUUUAAUGAGACGCAUAAUGCAAGUAUUAUGCGACAAUUGUUGGAAGGUUUAAAUUAUUGUCAUCGUCGAAAUUUUCUUCAUAGAGAUAUCAAAUGCAGCAACAUCUUAAUGAAUAACAAAGGUGAAGUGAAAUUGGCUGAUUUUGGUCUAGCUAGGUUGUAUAACGCUCAAGAUAGACAAAGACCGUACACUAAUAAAGUGAUAACCCUCUGGUAUAGGCCACCUGAAUUAUUACUUGGUGAAGAGAGGUAUGGAACUUCAAUAGACGUUUGGUCUUGUGGGUGUAUUUUAGGAGAAUUGUUCUUAAAAAAACCUUUAUUUCAGGCUAACGAAGAAAUGAUGCAAUUGGAAACAAUAUCUCGUUUAUGUGGUAGUCCAACACCGGCUGUAUGGCCUACUGUGAUUAACUUACCUUUCUGGCAUUCCUUAAAAGCUAAGAAAGUACAUCGACGUCGGUUACGUGAAGAAUUUACAUUUAUGAAUGAUAGUGCCUUGGAUCUUUUAGAUCAUAUGUUAGAAUUAGACCCUAGCAAACGAAUUACCGCUGACAAAGCUCUAAAAUGCAAUUGGUUAAAAAAUGUUCAACCUGAUAAAAUGGAUGUGACAGCAUUACCAACAUGGCAAGAUUGUCAUGAGCUUUGGAGCAAAAAACGAAAAAGAGAUCAAAGAGUACGAGAAAACCAGCCCAAGACUAAUGAAUCUGGUGAACCAAUACCGACUGGAGGAAUUCCCGUUGAUGUACAAAAUAAUGAAAAUAAUUUAGCUGAUGUCUUAAAAUCAACUGUUGAAAAUAAUACCAAUGAAGCGGAAAGUGAUAUUAUAGCAGCUGCUCUUGCCAAUAACAAUUCAACAAAAUCUGAUAUUGAAUCUGAAAAGCCUAAUAACAAUGUGGAAACAGAUGAGGUGUCUAGUACAACUGUUGACGUAAUUGAUGAUUUAAAUCUGACUCCACCUAUCAACGAUUUUAAUCCAUGCUUAAACACUUUCCUUCCAAAAACUGGUAGAUUUUAG